AUGGAGCUGAAGAGAGGGAAGACUUUCAUCAAAUCCAGCUUUCACAUUUCUCAUGAGAAGUCCCCAGGUCCAGCAGCAACUGCCCCAGCCUGGGACAAUGCAGACCCCUGGUCAGUCUCACCUGGAGGGCAGCAGCAGAUUCAUGGUGAAAGAGGCCCCCAAGCCAGUCCUAAUACCCACGGAUAUAACAUAUACUCCAAAAAGGGAGCACAGCCAGAGCCUGAGGGUGGUGCCACAGACCUCUGUGGUGCCACCUUCAAAUUGGUAUGGAAGAGCAAGACUCACAACAGUGUGUCUGGGGCUAGCAGGAUGGUCGCAGCCACAAGGCAACUGGUAGGCAGCACGAACUUCCCAGGGCCCUCUGGCAGCCAGCGCAUUAUUGAUUACCGCCACUUUGUGCCCCAAAUGCCUUUUGUGCCAGCCGUGGCUAAGAGCAUCCCAAGGAAGAGGAUUUCCCUGAAACGACCCAAGAAGUGCUUUCAGAACCUAUUCCACAUUCGUAGAAACAAGACUGAGAACUUGGCUUCACUGGCAACCAGGGGGAAAAGCCUGCCUUCCCCCAGAAUCCCAUCAGAGGCUGGAGGGCAGCGAGGCAAAGCCUUUUUCCCCUUGGGUGAGGGACUGGGACUGGAUGGCUUGUGCCAGGACCUAUCUGACAGUGAGUUCCUGCCUGACUCCUCUUUCGACUUCUGCAGGGCCCUGUGUGAGGACGUGGCUUCACUUAAGAGCUUUGACUCACUCACAGGCUGCGGGGAGAUCUUUGCAGAUGAAUGCUCAGUGCCAUUCCUGGACCUGAAUGAGGGCUUGGAGAGCUCAGCCAAGUCAUCGCAGGCCCUUGAGAGCAAGGUUUCUAGUGGCCCCUUCCAGGGCAGCAUGGAGAAGCUGGUGUCUCCUGCCCAGGAUGACAUGUCUGACUUUGCCAAGUUCUGGGAUAGUGUGAAUCACUCUGUGAGGCAACAACAGCACACCCAACUGAGCCCAUGGCUGGAUGGUCCUCAGGGAACAGAUACAGCCCAGCCUGGGCUUGAUUCAGCUGGGCUCGUUGAGUUCCCUCUGUGUCCCUGCAGGGACCUCUUCAGUGGCUCCAAAGCCAGCUCCAUAAACACAGGCACCACCAGGAGCGAGCAGCCAGAAUCUGUGUCCACAAGUGACGAGGGCUACUACGAUGCCUUUUCAUCUAGCCUCAAGGAGGAUAGGAAGGAAGCCAUGAGCCCAGGCACCCCUGCAGCUGCCUUCCCUCGGGAGAGCUAUAGUGGAGAUGCCCUCUAUGAGCUUUUCUGUGACCCUAGUGAGGGCCCUGUUGGCCUUGAUGAUGACCUGUGCGUGUCUGAGAGUCUCUCAGAGCCAGCACUGGGAAUGCCACUGUCUAUUUGCAGCUUCCACAUGGGGGCAGAGGAGGACUUGGCCUCGGGACCAAGCCCAGACCUGCUCAGCCAGGGUUUCUUGCAGAGCUCCUGGAAGGGCAAGGAGUGCCUGCUGAAGCUCUGUGACACUGAACUCACCAUCACCAUGGGUAUUAUCAACUGGCUUCGCCGUAGUCCUGAGCUCCAUGCUCCUCCUAUCUCAACCCCUGGGGAUCCUGCAACCCCAUUCAGGGGAUUGGUGGAGAAUCUGGGAGCUGGCUCUGAGAAGAAAGGUCCAAGUCUAGUGAAGCUGGAGGUCAGGGGGGCCCACGCCUCAGAUGCAGGUGGGAUCACAGUAAGCUCAAGACCUAGUAGGCAGGAGCUGUGGGCACAUUUGGGUACCAAGAGCCUGCUUGCUGGAGAGAGCAAGGUUUUAGCACGGCCUGAGCAGGAGACCAGCUCUCUGUCCAGGGAUUCAUCUCUGAAGUGUGUGCAGGUCUCAGGGGAAGAAGGGACACGAGGUUGCCACGAAGGUUUGUUCUCCUCUUUGGGAUCCGCAAUCUCCAUGGUGACAGGCACUUCUAGCCAAAACAAGAUCAAAAAUAAGAUCAUAAACCCCUUCGCCUGGCCCCACUCCCAGGAGCUAAGGGCACCUGGAAAGAUGGGGUGUUUUCGAGAUCAGCAAAGGCCAGGUCUUAGGGAAAGUACUCUGGAUACAGAGCCCUCCCUGAAAGAUUGUGUGGCCGAGUUUGCAGCCCUACAGAUCCACCCAGACUGCAAGCCUUAUUCUGUGCAACCCCCAAGGCAGGACACAAGCAGUAGGCUCUGUAGGCAGCCUCAGGCCAGGGACAUUACCAUUUCACAGCAGAAACAGUCUAACAGCUUUCCUGGAGUGGCUGCCAUCUGUAGCCUGCCCUCCUUGACCAGCCCACUCCACAGCCCACAGGAUCAGAAGUGCCCAGGCCUUUUCCUGGACAUAAGCCAGCUCAGGAUGGGGCUCACCAGGCUGGAUGCCCAGGCCCAUGCCUCAGUGGAGGAGCAGUACUUGUAGCUCAGCUUGAAGGCCAGGAAGCAGGUGGCACCUAGGGAUCAGUUGAACUUAUAGUACUCUUGGCCCUGCUAUCUGGCUGAGCCCCUGGGGCUACCUGUCAGGACUCAUGAGCCUCACUUCAUCACAGCCAACAUGAGAGGGUUUCCUCUGCAAAUACCCAGAAAGUUGCUGCAGCUUUCUGACUCACAGUAGAAGCCCCCAGGUCAGCCAACGUGAAACUCCCACUGCAGGAUGGCCUUGUAGUCACCAGAAGCUGCAUCUUUGUGGCCACAUUCAAGAGAACCUAAGACCAAAAUCUCCAUCUUUUGUCCUUGAUAUGAGAACUGUGUUUGAGGAAGAUGGGUUGGCAGGACUCAGGCAAGUAGGGCAGGGCAUUUUAUUGUGAAGGCAGAACCAACAAGCUCAUCCAGACCAGGUACUGACAGCCUAAGACCAAGGAAAGCUGGGAAGUUGCCAGCACUUUCAAAAUGUGCCUCACUGAUUUCCUACAAGGAAAUAAAGAGUCUAUUCCCACUGUUGGCUGUGAAGUGGCUACCCCUGGCUGUUCCUUAUAUAGCAUGCCAGAGUGGAGCUCAGGCUUGAAACUGAUGGGAAGGAAACAUCCAUAUUGUGAAUGGGAAGUGGAGGAGCCAAUAAGUUUGCAUAAGGGUUGAGAAUAAUAAAUGAGUGAGUGUGGGGUCCAAGACUCAGAUGUGGGACAUUGAGAGUUGGUGACAGGCAAGAUACAGGGCCACAGAUGAGCUUUGGAGUACCCUCUGAUCUCUCCCCAGCCUGCUCUCUGCCCCUAGGACAAGCAGCCAUGAAGUACUGGGAGCCUGAAAGGACUUUUCUGUGUGAAUAAGAAGGACCAGCUUCAUCUCAGCAAGAGCCUUGAACAAACAGACACCAUAUAUUACUGUGCAAUAUAGCCACCUGCCUCUGGCCAAAAAUCGUCCCAUAAAAACAAUAAUUUCCCCCAACUUGCAUUCUUUAAUGGGAGCCAUGGACAGCAUAAUGUUUAGAAAGAACUGAUUGAUUCUCCACAUCUCUUUCACUUGGGCCCUCUAAAUCAGGGGUCCUCAAACUACGGCCCGCAGGCCACAUGCAAAUACAAAUAUUGUAUUUGUUCCCGGUUUGGUUUUUUACUUCAAAAUAAGAUAUGUGCAGUGUGCAUAGGACUUUGUUCAUAGUUUUUUUUUUAAACUAUAGUCCGGCCCUCCAAUGGUCUGAGGGACAGUGAACUGGCCCCGUUUAAAAAUUUUGAGGACUCCUGCUCUAAAUCAUCAGCAUCCUUGCCUCCCCCUUCAGGAAAACUUACCUUUAAAUGGGGGCUGGACCUCUGUCAUCCCCCUUCUCCCAAAGCCACAACACAUCCAUAGCACCAGGAAUUUAGAGUAGGGAAAGAAAAGAUGACCCAUGUCCUCAGGAAGAAGAGGCAUCCAUUCUGCCCAGUGUUGGGACAUGAGGUGUAAUGACAGAUUGCCCAUCAAGGUUCUCUGUGAUUAGACCCCACCUUGCUGACACACCGCAGUGAGGCAUGAAGGAUGGAAUGCCACAGGCUGCCUAUACCAUUAUUUCUACAGGAAAGGUCAGCACAGAAAAGAGGUAGGUCAGAUAUGGGGUGGAAUUCCACACUGAGGUAUGCAGUCUGACAGCUGACCACAAGCUGUGUCUCUCCUGAUUGUCUGAGGCUUUGUUUCAGGCGAGAAAAUGCUCUGCAGCCCUCAGUAAAAACUGCUUGCUGGGGCUGACUGUGCACAGGACACAGGUGGCACGUUUUAGGCUCUAAAACUUAUAUCAAGGUUCCUGAGUAGGUCCAUCCAAACCUGAACACUGAGGAACGUCAGGAAGGUCAGCCUUCCUGGGAAGCCACAAUGAUCCCUUCUCUUGGGCCUGCCACAGAUGACCCCAACAGUGUUAUUGGGCCUGGCUGCAUUAAUAAUGAAUCCUUCACCUCGUCCCUGAAUCAGCCUAAGUUCAGUUGUCAUCCUCAAUGCUCAGACAUGGAAAUCAAGGACAGAGUGCUGAUGUGACUUGCCCCUGGAUGCACAUGGCUAGUGAGUUGGGUUAAUGGGAUUUGAGUCCCAACCACUGGCUCCAAAGUCCAGCUCUUCACCAAACUCCAGAACUAUUCCCACUGAGUUCUUGCAGUGAAUGUCUCAUUCUUCUCUCUCUCUCUCUCUCUCUCUCUCUCUCUCUCUCUCUCUCUCUCUCUCAUCUAAAGUUUGUCUCCUUUUUCCCCGCUUGACCCCCCUGCCCCAGCCAUUCCCAACCUAGGCAAGCCCCCACUGCCCUAGUGUCUGUGUCCAUUGAUUAUGCUAAUAUACAUGCAUACAAGUCCUUUGGUUGCUCUCUAGCCCCGCCCGCCCACCUCCCCUGCCAUUUUUCUCUGGACCUAAUUUUGUUCAUCAAAUUAUGUUGAUCAUUAUAGCCCACAUAUGAGUGAGAUCAUGUGAUAUUGAAUGUCUCUUUCAAAGCCUUCACUUCUCCUUUCUUCAAGGGCACAGAUGUCUGAGCACCCUCUGAGUGCCAGCCUUGUGUCUCCCUGUAAUUAGGCUUAAAACUCCAGGGACAAGGAAUGCCUCUCACUCUCAGUCAUAGCCCUGUCACUUUGUACUGCACCUGAGCAAAGCAGGUAUCCAGUAAAUAGUUGUAGAAAGAAUGAAAUAUCAAAAGGCUGCAUAUGAUUUUCUGACUUCUUAUUGAUCGCGAGGCAUGUGUCUGGAGAGUAGCCCAGUUAAGGUUUUACCUUGGCAGAAAUACUAAUGGAGCAUUUCCUUAAAAUCACACUGACUGGGGGACGGGGGAGGUAGAGUGGAACACAGCCAGCCAAAACCACUGGGAGGACAGGAACCAAGGUGGUUCAGGCAUGGUCAGGAGGGGGCUAUGCCUUGCUAUGCAGUGACCCAUAGUAUGGCAACAGAAAUAAGGAACUAGGGUGGUGCCUACACUGGCCCAGUGUAUCUCAAUCUGGGGAGCAUCUUAGACUAGUAUGGCACCAUGGAGAUUCUUGUUCUCAGAAAUCUGGGGGGAGGUCCUAGCAGUAGCCUGCUAGGCACCUUGCUGGAAGAAUGGGGGAAAGUGUGACCUUUCUCUUGUGUGCACUAAAUCCAAGUCUCCUCAAUCCAUCUCUCUCUUCACACCCCAUCCCUCAGAUUGCCCUCCCCAGCAAGAGAGGCCCAGGCAGCACUAGUCUGACUGGCAUCUGUAGGCCUCAAGGAUAUCUUUAAGGUGACCCACUAAGGGGAAACAGGGGAGCUUUGGAACCAGUUUCUAGGAUAGGCACCUAGUCUAAUUCUGGAAGUGGAAGAGGCCUAGACAAGGCAUUUUCAUAACUCUGGUCAUUUCUAACCCUCUCAUUCACUCAUGGUUGUAGAGGUUAUAGGAGGUUUGAGGUUUUGUACCUGGUGAAGUGCAUUCUACAAAGUAGGUCCAGUUUUCCCCAGCUCACAGCUGUUCCACAGAGCCCAAGUGACUAACCCAGGGUCACACAGUGGUAAGUUGGGAGCUGGGGUUCAACCUGUGUUCUGUGCCUUCCAACCUUUCACCAUUGCACUAGGAACUUGGAGAUGCUUGAAAGGAGCCA